CCAAGCUGGUAUCCAAUGGAUCCGUUCAAAGGAAUCAAUACUGGCGAGAACCUUAACCACAGAUGGCAAUGGCUGGGGUAUUGCAAGUGAAUGGUUGCCUUACCUUUCCGAAAUAUCAGUGUUGAGAUCACUGGAGGUACGCUAUGGGUCACAUACACUUCCGCCUCAAGGGGUGGUCGAAAUCCCUAUCAAGCUGCUCUCUACUUCGCGCACUAUUCAAUAA